AAACCGAAGUACGUCUGUGGACUUGCAUGUGCUCGAUGAGGCUUGCAAAAAUCUACUCGGACUAUUCUAAACGCAGUCUGAGGACCUCAGCCAUAGAGAUUCACCCCUUCCGCAGUUUCCCUCUUGGCCGAAUGUGAACAGGCAGAUAAAAAGCACUGUUUUUCCAGAAUUGUGAAGAAAUGCACACAGAAAAACACACCAGCAUUUUUUUGCCAAGAGAGCCAGGGCUAAUUUUGUGGGUAUUUGGAAGUGGAGAGGAUUGAGGAACGCUUCAGCCAUGGUACUCUUCUAGCUGGUUUGGAGACAAUGGGUUGGCUGGCUUUAUACGUCUACGAAUACUUGCUACAUGUUGGCGCACAGAAAUCUGCACAGACCUUCUUGUCUGAGAUCCGGUGGGAGAAGAACAUUACUUUAGGAGAGCCUCCAGGAUUCUUGCAUUCGUGGUGGUGCGUGUUCUGGGAUCUGUACUGCGCCGCCCCGGACAGACGCGAGACCUGUGAGCAUUCCAGUGAGGCCAAGGCCUUCCAUGACUACAGUGCAGCAGCGGCGCCCAGCCCUGUAAUGGGGAACAUGCCCCCUAAUGAUGGCAUGCCUGGUGGACCCAUGCCCCCUGGCUUUUUUCAGGGCCCUCCCGGGUCGCAGCCGUCUCCCCACGCACAGCCUCCCCCACACAACCCCAGCAACCCCAUGAUGGGACCCCACGGCCAGCCUUUCAUGUCUCCGCGGUACCCGGGUGGACCUCGGCCGUCUCUUCGCAUGCCAAACCAGCCUCCUGUCGGGGUUCCUGGUUCACAGCCACUCUUGCCAAACAAUCUGGACCCCACCAGGCCACAAGGACACCCCAGCAUGGGCGGCCCAAUGAGAAUGAACCCGCCUAGAGGGAUGGGCAGCAUGGGUCCACAGAACUACGGUGCAAUGAGGCCACCUCCGAACUCUCUGGGUGGGCCUGGCAUGCCAGGAAUGAACAUGGGUCCAGGAGGACGGGGUCCAUGGCCAAAUCCCAACACUAACUCAAUAGCGUACUCAUCCUCAUCUCCGGGCAACUAUGUGGGUCCUCCAGGGGGAGGUGGUCCUCCAGGAACUCCCAUCAUGCCAAGUCCAGGAGAUUCAACGAACUCGAGCGAAAACAUUUACACAAUGAUGAACCCCAUCGGCCCCGGAGGCAACAGACCCAACUUCCCGAUGGGCCCGGGUCCCGACGGUCCAAUGGGAGGGAUGGGCUCUAUGGAGCCUCAUCAUAUGAACGGAUCAUUAGGGUCUGGUGACAUGGAUGGGUUGCCAAAGAACUCGCCCAGCAACAUGGCAGGCAUGAAUAAUCCGCCAGGCACACCGCGAGACGACGGCGAAAUGGGCGGAAACUUCCUCAAUCCGUUCCAAAGCGAAAGUUAUUCACCCAACAUGACGAUGAGCGUGUGAUUUUAAUUUUUUUCCCCCUCGUAUUUUUUUAAUUAUGAUUAUUUUAUUCGUUUUUGAUUUUCCUUUCAUUUUUUUUUUGUACCCCGCAUUCCUUUUGACACCACCAAACAACCCUGACCCACCCACACGCACAUGCCUCACGGGACUUUGGACAGGGGUCGUGGCGCACCGAGCAGCCUCGUGAAGGACGUCGGGGCGAAGCGCGGGACUCGCGCCCAAACGGCCGCCUGGCGACAGGAAGAGCCCGCUGACCGCUUUUCUCUUCGGCUCAGGACAUUGAAAGGAGGGGCGUUAAAAAAAGGUGCACAUGUGUACACGAACAAACACACAAACGUGUACGCAAACCCCACCCCUGCGAAAGGACAGACUGAUGUGCAGAACAGGAACGUGUGUGGGUUUCGGCUCAGCUCUUUUUAAACUCACUCCAUGUUCGCUUUCGUCUUUUGAAAUUUUCUUCCCCUUUCCUCACUAACGUGCUAGGUUUCACUUUGGGACGUGCGGGUUUCUUUUUUUUUUCCCCUUUAUUAAAAAAAAAAAAAAAACCAUAAAAAAUCCCCCCCCUUCGUUUGACAUUAACGUGUACAUUGUGAAACACUCAUGAAGAUGUGACGGGCUACGAACGUUUCCAUUCUUUUUGUGUAUGUAUUGUAUUAUUAAUAAUUAUUGGGUUUUUUUGUAUUAAUAUUGUAAUGAAUAAUUGAUAAGGGUAUUUUUUUUUUCUUCUCAGAAGGGCACAUUGUAUCUCAAUAACCAUGAAAUCGUCAGAGUAAGCACAUUCAUGCUACCCAGUGGAAACUCUUAUGAGUUAUUAUUGUUAUUAUUCUUUUGUGAAUUAGUUCUGUUUUAAUGUGUUUUUGUUUUAUUUUUGGGGGUUGAGCUUGGGCUUAUUUCUAUGAUUUUUUAUUUUUUCUCCUCGUGCGUGACUUUUUGGAAUUCCCCGUUUAUGUAAUGUAGCUUUCUUUUUUGUUUCGGUUUUUUUUUCUCGUUUUUAUGUCCCCCUCUCAACAAAAAGCUCUGCAAGCCCCAGGUGUGAGAUCGGUUCUGAUAGUAGUAAACUUCACUCCAUGAUUUGAUCUCA